CAUCUGAGUCCACUGCAGACUUGCAAUGGAUCCGGUCCGACCACCAUUCAGGGGCCUACGGAUGCCAGGCCGUUGGCCACAAACUCCUCGACCUUUGGACUCAUCUCUGGGUAGGGCAGGGCCUGCAGGCAGAGGCCAUAUGUUUGGAAAGCCAGAGGUACCCAGCUCACAGAGCCGGUCAGCACAAAAGGAGUCUGUGGGUUUGGUGUCCAUGUUCCGAGGCAUGGGCCUUGAGACAAUGUCCCGGACCCCUCUGAAACAGGAAGUGCCUCCUUUAGGCAGAGGCAUUUUGGGUCGAGGCUUGUCUGCUAAAAUGGCACGCAAGGACAAAGAAGAAACUCGUCCCACAUUUCCUGACCCUUUGGUGCUGGCUGCUGGGGAUAGCAAGCUGGCAGAGGCCUCCGUUGGUUGGAAUCGAGUGCUUGGAAGAGGGAGUUUGGAUUCCUCUUUAUUACCAUUGGGAAGAGCAGCUGGUGGUAUAGGCAGAGGAGUCGACAAGUCUCCCAGUGUGUUUAGCCUGGCCACUCGAGAUCCCCCACGGCUGUCACCACCCCCACCUUUGCCCCAGUCCUCAUUGCAUUCUUCAGACUGCCCUCCUGUCCUGACCAUUGAACACAAGGAAAAAGAGCUUUUUGUGAAGCAAGGAUCAAAAGGAACACCUCAAUCUUUGGGACUGAACCUCAUCAAAAUACAGUGUCAUAAUGAAGCAGUUUAUCAAUAUCAUGUGACUUUCAGCCCCAACGUGGAGUGUAAAAGCAUGAGGUUUGGCAUGUUGAAAGACCAUCAAGCUGUCACUGGAAAUGUCACUGCUUUUGAUGGAUCUAUUCUCUAUCUGCCUAUUAAGCUUCAGCAAGUUCUUGAGUUAAAAAGUCAAAGGAAAACUGAUGAUGCCGAGAUCAGCAUUAAGAUUCAAUUGACAAAGAUCCUGGAGCCCUGUUCUGAUUUGUGCAUUCCCUUCUACAAUGUUGUUUUCAGACGGGUAAUGAAACUUUUAGAUAUGAAGCUCGUGGGAAGAAACUUCUAUGACCCUACAAGUGCUAUGGUAUUGCAGCAACACAGAUUGCAGAUCUGGCCUGGCUAUGCAGCCAGCAUCCGCAGGACAGAUGGAGGUCUCUUCCUGCUAGCUGAUGUCUCCCACAAGGUCAUUCGAAACGAUUCUGUGCUGGAUGUCAUGCAUGCCAUGUAUCAGCAGAGCAAGGAAAACUUCCAAGACGAGUGCAGUAAGCUUCUGGUUGGCAAUAUCGUUAUCACCCGCUACAACAAUCGCACCUAUCGUAUUGAUGAUGUAGAUUGGAAUAAGACUCCAAAAGAUAGCUUCACAAUGUCUGAUGGGAAGGAAAUCACAUUCCUGGAAUACUACAGCAAAAACUAUGGAAUCACAAUUAAGGAAGAAGACCAGCCGCUGCUGAUUCACAGACCCAGUGAGAGACAGAAUAACCACGGGACACUGCUAAAAGGCGAAAUCCUCCUGUUGCCCGAGCUUUCCUUCAUGACUGGGAUCCCAGAGAAGAUGAAGAAGGACUUCAGAGCCAUGAAGGAUUUGACCCAGCAGAUCAACCUGAGCCCCAAACAGCACCAUAACGCUUUAGAAUGCUUACUACAGAGAAUUUCAAAGAAUGAGACGGCCAACAACGAACUGACACGUUGGGGCCUCUGUCUACAAAAGGAUGUGCACAAGAUUGAAGGACGUGUUCUACCAAUGGAAAGAAUUAACUUAAGAAAUACUUCAUUUAUCACAUCUCAGGACCUAAACUGGAUUAAGGAAGUAACCAGAGACCUUUCCAUCUUAACUAUCCCCAUGCAUUUCUGGGCACUCUUUUACCCAAAGAGAGCAAUUGAUCAGGCCAGAGAACUGGUUAACAUGUUAGAGAAAAUAGCUGGCCCCAUUGGUAUGCGCAUGAGCCCACCGGCCUGGGUCGAACUGAAGGAUGAUCGAAUAGAGACCUAUAUCAGAACCAUUCAGUCCAUGCUGGGAGUUGAGGGGAAGAUACAGAUGGUUGUUUGCAUCAUUACGGGCACACGUGAUGAUCUCUAUGGGGCCAUCAAGAAGCUGUGCUGUGUGCAAUCCCCAGUGCCCUCACAGGUCAUCAAUGUCCGAACCAUUGGUCAACCCACCAGGCUUCGCAGUGUGGCUCAGAAAAUUUUACUUCAGAUUAACUGUAAAUUGGGAGGCGAGCUGUGGGGAGUGGAUAUUCCUCUGAAACAAUUAAUGGUGAUUGGGAUGGAUAUUUACCAUGACCCCAGCAGAGGCAUGCGUUCUGUGGUUGGCUUCGUUGCAAGCAUCAAUCUCACCCUCACUAAGUGGUAUUCUCGAGUGGUAUUCCAGAUGCCUCAUCAGGAGAUUGUGGACAGCCUGAAGCUGUGCCUGGUGGGCUCAUUGAAGAAGUUUUAUGAGGUGAACCACUGUCUACCAGAGAAGAUUGUGGUGUACCGUGAUGGAGUGUCUGAUGGCCAGCUGAAGACGGUUGCCAACUAUGAGAUUCCUCAGCUGCAGAAGUGUUUUGAGGCUUUUGAGAAUUACCAGCCCAAGAUGGUGGUGUUUGUAGUUCAGAAGAAAAUCAGUACCAAUCUGUACCUGGCUGCUACUGAGCACUUUGUGACACCCUCCCCUGGAACUGUGGUAGAUCAUACAAUAACAAGCUGUGAGUGGGUGGAUUUCUACCUCCUCGCCCACCAUGUACGACAGGGCUGUGGCAUUCCUACGCAUUAUGUCUGUGUUCUCAACACUGCGAACCUGAGCCCUGAUCAUAUGCAGAGGUUGACUUUCAAACUGUGCCACAUGUACUGGAAUUGGCCUGGUACCAUUAGAGUUCCAGCUCCUUGCAAGUAUGCCCACAAGCUGGCUUUCCUCUCAGGACAGAUUCUGCACCAUGAACCGGCCAUCCAGCUGUGUGAGAACCUGUUUUUCCUGUGACCACAGCCUGGGCAUAGGCUGAUAGGAGAAAUAAGACUUCACAGCUCAGUCAUGACUCUCGCAGAAUGAGCAGAGACAGAAGUGGAAUUUUUGUGUUGGUGUUUUCUCUUUCUCCAAUCUUGUAGAAUAGGUUUUCCUUUUUUCUUUUAUCCUGAUAUCAAGAAGCAAGUUUCCAAGUACCAGGUGGAAAUUGCCUUCCUGUCUUUGUAGAGCAAAUGAUGGAAGUACUGUGCAGAGGCAGGCAGAGUCAGUAGAUGUAGGGGAGCCAUUAACAGCCUCCCAAGGAGUCAAGCACAGUGGCACAUACCUGUAAUGCCAGCAACUUGGGAGGCUGAGGCAAGAGGAUCAUAAGUUGGAGGCCCUAAGCAAUUUAAGGAGACACUGUCUCAAAAUAAAUAGGGCUAGGUGUGUAGCUCAGUGUAACUCAGUGGUAGAGUAUGUGCUUAGCAUGUGUGUGGUCCCAGGUUUAAUCCCCAGUGCUCCCAUAAUAAAGAGUCUCCCAAGCCAACAUAGCUGUAGAAAUAUGCAGAAGCAGCAUUUGUACCUGGAAGCUGUGGUUACAAAGUGGCUCC